CCCAUCGGUCUGUCCAGAGGAGCUUGUGGGAGGGGUUGGUUGGUUUGGGAUUUAGGAGGUGAUUUAGGAAUUUUUUUUGGUGGGGGGGGUGUUACUGAUUGGGGAAUAGGUUAAAGCAAAUUCGAAUCGGGUUAGCGCAUUCCACCGGCAUCUGCUUUCACCCCGGACUUCCUGUGGCUCUGGCCGAGGGCGGGCUCCAAGGACCACAUUCGGGUCCGGCCGUUGCGUGCCAGCUUCAUUCCGGCCGAAAUUUGAAAAGGGGGAAAAUAACGCAGUCGACUGGAGGACCCCCAUCAGUCGGGACCGUUCAGCCGCCCAGGAGGGGAAGAAGGAAUUAAGAUGAGGAUGGCGGCGCUGGUGGCAGGGACCUGCGUCCCUCCUUUGCACACCGGCUUGAUGCCGCGAUCCUCGCGGUGGGACUAACCAGCCACCGCCCCAGGGUUCUCACCGGCGCUGAGCUCCGUCCCUGCAGCCCUCCACCCCUGUUGCGUCCGGAGCUCAGCCACAGAUGUCCAGCCACAAUUCUCGGUUGGCCGCAGACUCGUACAAGAAUUGCGUUUGGACAAUCAGUGGCGAAGCCCCUGAGUUCAGGAUGCCGGUGUCCUGCGGCGUACAGCUUCGCUCAUUCAAAGCACCGGACCAGGAGAUCUCCGGAGCUGCGCGUCGGAAUAUCUCGCAGACGCUCAGCAGUCACGGCCCAUCCCUUGGUAAGGUGAACAGCAGGCACGCGGAUCCCGGCCCUGCCCGGGGAUCCCCAUCGCCUUUGGCGUGUUUCCUUCGAUCGCGGCCCGGGGUCCCUAAAGUAGCCCACUUUGGGUCUCUGUGCCGCCUCAGGUUGGGGGAAUCUCCUUGGUCAUACCUGGAGAACCCCAACUCCCCUCUCCCCGCCCCUAGCCAGGGCUAGCGGGGAAUCCAGAAAGCUGGGGCCCGAGGCCGGGUCGCGCUUCCGAGCCCAGGGUCUGGGCUGCCGAACUCGCGGGUCUCCCGUCCCCGCCCAGCCCCGCGCACGCACCGGCUAGGGCGCUCUCCACUUCUCUGUGUCUGAGUGGUGACCGGUGC